CUCACGCCUCCACGUCUCAAGUUCCAGACAUUCCAUCAUUCUAUCCUUCUGCAUCUAAACCAAAGGUUGGUACAUUACCCUGCGAGCCUGCGCAGCUUCUCAGCCUCGUGAAAUGAAGUCGGAUGGAGCGUGUCGCUCCUGCCAAUGGAACGUCGUACUGGCUAGCACCUCCCCGUACAGACUGAAGGAAAGGACGACACACGCCGCGUGCUGCGCUGCCCUCCUAUUUUCUUUCUUUAUCUCCUCUCCUCUGCCUUUCCAUUCCGCUAUCUUGACUCUCUCCUGCCAGCACUGCUGACAACCCUCAUCUCAACUCCACUGAAUCCACCAGCACUCUUACCCAGCAAUGCUCCUCUCCAUAUCCAUUCUCGCGGUGGCUUCGGCCCUGCAUACCCUUGCCUCACCCAUCUCCAGUCCGCAUGUGGUCCACGAGAAGCGCGCCAUCACAAGGCACAUCCGCGGCUCUCGCAUUCCUGAAGAUGCCAUUAUUCCCCUCCGCAUCGGACUGAAGCAGUCUAAUCUGGAGCAUGGGUAUGACAAGGUGAUGGAUGUUAGCGAUCCUCGCUCUCCCAACUACGGGAAACAUUGGACCCUCCAACAAGUCCGCGACUUCUUUGCUCCUCCGCCUGAAGCUGUUGAAGCGGUGAAGCAAUGGCUGGUCGACUCAGACAUCAAACCCGAACUCAUUCAGGUGUCUGAGGACAGAGGCUGGAUUGGUGUCGACCUCCCGACGGCCCAGGCCGAGCACCUUCUGCGCGCGGAGUAUCAUGAGUACUACCCUGGGCGCGAUGCUUCCGUCCGGAUCGGGUGUGAAGAAUACUCUCUGCCGCAGCACAUUUCUCAGCUCGUCGACUACGUCAAGCCGGGCGUCAACCUUUCGCCUCCCGCGCAGAAACGAUCCAUUGUACAUCGCGAGAUUCCUGAAACGGUGCAAUCUUCGCCGGUGGCUGCUUCUGUGGACCCCGUACUUCAAUUCUGCGGAUCCAAAAUGCGGCCGGCUUGCGUGCGUGGUUUAUACAACAUUCCACUAGGCACUUACAACACGUCUGCGAACAAGCUCGCCAUCGCCAUGUUCCAGAACUCCCACUACUACCAACCCGAUCUCAACGCGUACUACUCAGUCUUCGAACAUCGUGUACCGAUCGACACGCAUCCCGUGCUAAUUCCCAUCGAUGGUGGGGAAGGGUCAACCGAAAACAUCGACGACACCUUUCACGAAGCGGAUAUUGAUCUCGAGAUUGCCAUACCCCUUGUCUACCCCCAGACGACUACCUACUACUCGGUUGGCGACAUCCAUGCGAAUGAUUCGAGGAUGUCCGAAGAGGAUACAGUCAUAUCGCCACUGCUGGACGCGAUUGACGGAGGUUUCUGCACUCCGACUGAUCACCAGCAAAGUGUGCGUGGAUGUGAUGAGGCUCCAAUCCCCAGAGUUCUCUCUGUGUCCUGGGCGGCCUCUGAGCUAGUCGCGUACGAAAGAGGAGCGGCGAGGAGCUGCCACCAAAUUAUGAAACUCGUGUUGCAGGGCUCAACAAUUGUCGUCGCCAGCGGGGACUUCGGCGUUGCCCUCGAUUCGAAUCUACAUGCAGACAGCCACAACGAGAACGGAUGCUACAGCGACAACGGGUCGCCGGAUGGAGGAGUCUUCAGUCCUGGAUUUCCAGCAGGUUGUCCAUACGCUCUCGUGGUAGGAGGCACUCAGCUCCCAGUCAAUGGGACCUUGGAAGAUCCGGAAGAGGUGCUCAAUGUUCCCCUCACUGAGCUUGCCCUCGCUAGCACCAGCGCCCCCUUUUCCAGUGGAGGCGGCUUCAGCAACUACUUUGCCCGUCCCUCGUACCAGGACUCGGAUGUGAAGACGUAUCUGAGAAAACACGCCCCGGAUUAUCCCUCAUAUGAGUACGACGGCUCCGACCUGUUUUCCGGACAAAGCAAGAUCGGCUCGAACGGCGGUCUAUACAACCGUGCCGGUAGAGGGUAUCCCGACGUCAGUGCCAACGGGGCCCACCUGGUCAUCGCCUUCAAAGAUAGGGCUUUGUUUUCCUCCGGCACGAGUAUCUCCGCACCAGUAUGGGCCUCCAUCAUCACCCUCAUCAACGAGGAGCUCACGCAUGCCGGCUAUCCACCUGUCGGCUUCGCGCAGCCGCUCCUGUACCAGAACCCCGAUGCGUUCAACGACAUCACUCUCGGGUCCAAUGGCGGCUGCGGCACGGAUGGUUUCCCUGCUUCCCCUGGCUGGGAUCCUUCGACUGGCUUGGGUACGCCGAACUAUCCGAAGUUGUUGAAGGCUUUUAUGGAUGCUGCGGAGCGGGCGGCAGCUCGACGAAAGGACUCGCCGAAGAGCUCGUGACUGGCACCACGGCAAGGCCUCGCAACGUUUCUGGUACGUGGCUUCGUGGGUUGGACCGAGUAUGGCAGUUUAGCGGCAUUGAUUGCGAGCACGAGAUGAACAGAGCAUAGAUCAUGGA